AUGAGGACACUCCUGAAGCACCUCUGCCUCUUCCCCUACACCCCUCAGUUUGAGAUAUCGUUAUCAGACGUGACGGUCAUGUUCGACCUCAAGAAGGACGACUUCCCUAACCUGCGGUCGCUCAAUGACGGCAUGCUGUCGAUGAUGGUCUUUGCCUUUAUCGGCUCCAUCUGA